CUGCCGUGGUCAAUGGUUUGUUAAAUCGGAAAAUAAAAAUUAUAAAGUGUGUGGAAAUAGUGAUCUAGGAAAUAAAGCUUUAUUGAGUUCAUAUAACCCAAGGAUAAAAAUGAUGCACAACAAUUUUUUGCAAAAAUUGUAAAAUAAACUAAAAAAAUAAUUUUUUAUUUAUAUUAAAAUUAAUGUUUUGUUGCACUGCAUUCACCUGCCGUUUGGGUGAAACAGUUUGGCAACAGAAAUCAAACGAAACAUGAUUUUCACGAGGAAUUCUUUGCAACGUUAUCAGCAUUUCAAUGGAAUCACUAACACUAUUAACGCUGUUUACAUUUGCAUUGGGUUUUUGUAUUUGGCAGCCGCAUUAACUACCCCGGCGACAGCGCAAGUGAAGGAUGAUGGCUUUGUGGAUUUGAUACGCGAAUUCGGCUUGCCCGAACUACGCUCUGGUGUCAUCGGUGUACCGGGCAUGUGCGGUGCCAAACGUAAUCCUUAUCAAGUGCAUAGUGCACCAGCUUUUCGCAUCUCCAAAGACGCUCCGCUCACCAUUGAAACGGGCCAAGCCUUUCCUAAAGGCUUCCCCACGGACUUUUCAAUCAUAUUGACUUUGCGCAGCAAUCAAACGAAUCCCACAAAAUCGCCCGUGUUCACCAUCUACUCAGACGAAAGCGAAGAGGUGCUCUCACUUCAGCUGGGCAAAGAGAUUAGUCUGAUUUAUGAACAAACCGACGCGACAUUCAAUCAACGUAACACCAUUAAUUUUGGCAUUGGUGUUAGCGACACGAAUUGGCAUCGCAUCGGUGUGAGUGUUAAAGGCACAGCGGCUACUUUGGUGCUGGAUUGUACGAAACAGGUGACGCGACGCAUUGAACGUACGCGUGGCAGUAGCAUCACGACCAACGGGCUUAUACUCACUGGCUUACAAAUGACAAAGGACGAGGAGUUUUUCGCCGGCGAUGUUCAGUUAAUGGCCAUAGUGAGUAGUCCCGAGGCGGGUUAUGAGGUGUGUACACGUUAUGCUACACCCUGUGUGCAGCAAGGUGGGCUAACGGUAACGCGUUAUGUAAGUGGCGGCGGUAGUGAUGGUGGUGGGGAGAGUGGUGGUGGCGGUGGUUGGUCGUGGUCAUCAACUUCUUCGUCGAGCAGCGGCGAUAGCGGUGGCGGUAGUGGAGGAAUAAGAGUUGGUGGGAGUGCUGGUUUAGAUAGAGCUGCGCUCGGUGUUGGUGAGAAUGGCAGGCGGUUCGGUCAAGUCGGUGGUGGAGGAAUUACUGGUUUAGGAGGUGAAUCUAAUUUCCAAUAUUCCAACUCGCAUGGUUAUGGCGGAAACGUGCCUUCAGUUGAAGGAGGAAACUUAAUUGGGAACUUGCAAUCCGGCAGCGCUUUACUAAGAUCCGGAACGUUGGCUGUUAGUGGUGCUGGUGGUGGAGCCUUUGAUGGUAUUGAGCCAAGGAGAGGACCCGUUGUAGCUGGAGGUCUUAGCGGUCAAAACGCUGCACUGCCAAAUUAUCCAAUAGAUUUCGAUGGGACCGAUCCCGAAGAUUACGUCGUAGAAGGCAAUGGGGAGGUUGAUUUUGAUAAUUAUGUAGAUCUAACAACACCAACAACGCCGGCGUCCAAAGAAGCUGAAGGUAUAGGUGGUCAUAAUGAAAUUAGCGACAAAAAUAAUUCAACAGAAAGUGAACCUGGCACAAGCCCUUUCGAGCCUUCAACGCUAAAUGUUAAUCAGAAGCCCAAUAAACGAAAAAAUGGCGGUACCAAAGUGAAUGCCACUGAUCCGAGUUAUGUUGUGGGUGGUGGUAACACUGUCUGCUAUCCAGGACCAAGAGGAUAUACAGGCACGCCUGGACCACCUGGCGAACCAGGUCAAAAAGGUGAUGCUGGCCGCGACGGUUUAGCGGGCACUGCGGGUAUACAAGGACCACCUGGACAUGUAUUCGUUGUGCCGACCAUGCAAAGCGGUAACGAGAAAGGACCCGACACACAAACUGAAGCGUUGCGACAGAUGAUUUCACAGCAUAUGAUGGCACUGCGUGGUCCUGAAGGCCCAAUGGGUUUAACCGGUCUACCAGGCCAACCAGGCGUGCCUGGCUUGCGAGGCGAUAAGGGCGAACCUGGCGAUGUUGGUGAACCGGGUUUGCGUGGGCUGCGCGGACCUGCUGGUCCACCGGGUAGGGACGGCCGACGUGGUCGUUCUGGUAGAGAUGGUGAACGAGGUGCUGUGGGGCCACAGGGCCCGAAGGGCGAAAUUGGACCUUUGGGUCCAAUUGGUUUGCCCGGCGAAAAGGGACAUCGUGGAUUGCCUGGCUCAACUGGCGAAAAAGGUCAACAGGGCAUUGAGGGUCAUCCCGGGGAAGAAGGACCACCAGGUUUGCCCGGUUUGCCUGGAGAAUUGGGUCCUCGUGGGUUUCCCGGCCCACGCGGCUUUCCAGGACCUGCAGGCAACCCUGGCUUACAAGGUGCGGAAGGACCACAAGGAGCGAAAGGCAGCACCGGUUUGACUGGACCUGCAGGACCACCUGGGCAAAUAGGACCAAACGGUCCUACGGGCGCGCCUGGCCCGCAAGGCAAUUUGGGGCCGCCUGGUAUUGCUGGACCGCCCGGUAAACCUGGCUUACCAGGUUUGCCUGGCGCUGAUGGUGCACCUGGUCGCGCUGGUACACCGGGCACGAUUGGUCCAAAAGGUGACCAGGGUAUGCAGGGUGUGCAAGGGCCUGUUGGUUUUCCCGGACCUCGUGGACUUAAGGGAGAUGAUGGGCAACGCGGCUCUCCUGGCGAUAAAGGCGAUGACGGUGAGAGAGGUAUGGAUGGCGAAAAGGGCGAUGCUGGACUGCCAGGCGAACGAGGAAUGACAGGGGCACCUGGUAGCCCAGGGCCAGAAGGCCCUGAAGGUUCCAAAGGUUUUGAGGGGCCCAGAGGUGAAACAGGUCUGCAAGGUUUGCCUGGCGAGAAAGGUAAACAAGGACCGCAGGGAUUUCAAGGUUACCCUGGACCAUCUGGGGAUAAGGGUGACAAAGGUGCAACUGGCACGGCUGGGCCGGUAGGAAUAAAAGGUGAACGUGGUUUACAAGGACAGCCAGGAGAGCGAGGUGAGAUGGGUCCAAGAGGAUUCCGUGGCUCAAGAGGCAGACGAGGUGGAGAUGGCAGCCCAGGCUCGAAAGGAGACACUGGUCAACCUGGUGCACCCGGUCCUCAAGGUGAGUCAGGACCACAAGGAACGGAGGGUCCUCGCGGUUUUAUUGGCUUGCCUGGAGCACCGGGAGUGGAUGGAAAGAACGGUGUAAUGGGUCCACCUGGAGAGCGCGGACAACCCGGAGAACCAGGAAAACCAGGACCACCUGGGGAAGCAGGAGUUAUAGGUCCUCGCGGAGCUCCUGGUGAGUUGGGACCUAUAGGUGAACCUGGAGCUCCAGGCCUACCCGGAUUGCCUGGAGAAGCUGGUUUACCGGGUGAGGCUGGUAAAGAGGGGCCGCCAGGUCCAAUUGGCCCUAUUGGUAUACCAGGACCUCAGGGACCUACCGGACUUCCAGGCUUUCCUGGUGAACGUGGUCAUCAAGGACAACCCGGACUACCUGGUUUAAAGGGAGAACAAGGUUUGCUAGGCCCACCUGGAUAUCCUGGUGACAAAGGGCAAUCGGGUGAGCCAGGGAGCCCUGGUAGUCAAGGUCCGCCUGGUAAUCCUGGACCGCCUGGUAGUGUUGGAUCACCCGGUGCCAAGGGUGAGCCUGGCGAGAAAGGACCUAUUGGGCCUGCUGGAAGAGAUGGCUUAACUGGUUUGCGUGGUUUGCCUGGCCCACCUGGACCUCAAGGCACGCCGGGUGAAGAUGGUGACAAGGGAGAGACCGGAUCUCCUGGUGAGAAAGGUUUGAAAGGAAGUAGAGGAGAACCAGGUCCCAUUGGUUCUACUGGACCUCAAGGACCGCGCGGUGAAUCUGGUCCUCCUGGAUCUCCGGGUGACAAAGGACCACCAGGAGAAGCUGGUCGGAGAGGUAUUAAGGGCGAAGAUGGUAAACCUGGCCCACCCGGUCCUCUAGGAAAGCCAGGCGUACAAGGUUUGCCUGGUCCAGCGGGGGUCAAAGGGGAACGUGGUGAUGAUGGUUUGAUGGGCCCAGUAGGUCCACCGGGCUCACCCGGAGAGCAGGGACGAAGGGGAUUAAAGGGUGUUCAUGGGCAGCAAGGAAAACCAGGACCGCGUGGACAACAGGGUGCGACAGGAUCAGAUGGUCCACAAGGUCCGCCGGGACCUGUAGGUCCGGUUGGCAAAACAGGUGAACCAGGCCCAAUAGGACCAAAAGGAGAACAAGGUAAAUCUGGGCCAAUCGGUCCCCCAGGUCGACAAGGAAUUCAGGGUCAAGAAGGGCCGAAAGGCGCUGUUGGACCAAGAGGCUAUCCCGGAGCGAGAGGUGAGCCUGGUCUUAUGGGACCAAAGGGAGACAUUGGGCCUGGCGGCGAAGACGGUAAGCCUGGUGAUCAAGGACCAAUAGGAGAUAUGGGACCAGAAGGUAGAAUCGGAGAAACAGGGCCGCCCGGUAAGCAAGGACCAGAAGGACCAGCAGGUAUUCAAGGAAGUCCAGGCCCGAUUGGAGAAAAAGGAGAUAAAGGUGAUCUUGGACCCCAAGGACCGCAAGGAAUUUUGGGCGCACAAGGUUUACCUGGCCUACAAGGUCCGCCAGGCACUAGAGGUCUUCCCGGUGAAGUUGGUGAAACAGGUUUGCCAGGUCCAGAAGGUGUGCCAGGAAAAGAAGGUAACAUUGGUGAGACAGGACCAGCAGGGCCUAAAGGUGAUCGCGGUCGACGUGGACCUAAAGGCCAUCGUGGUGAGUUAGGUAUGGUGGGUCUCAAGGGCGAUCAAGGAGAAAAGGGUGAUCGUGGUUUGCGCGGUCCACAUGGACCGGAAGGGCGCAAAGGUGAGCCAGGACCAGUAGGACCACUCGGACCAAAAGGCAAUGAUGGAGCGCAAGGGCAACCUGGUCCAAAUGGACCAGCCGGCCCUAAGGGCACAGAAGGACCGGCUGGCAAUAAAGGUGAUAUGGGACCGCCCGGGCCAGCUGGACCACCAGGCGCACCAGCCGAAGCACCACUCAUACCACCCGAGCUACUCUUCCAAAUGCAACAAUACUCAGGUACAAAAGCCGAAAUACGACGUCGACGCGAUAUAGACAUACAUGAAGACUUAGUACCCUUCGAAGAGGAUGAUGACUUGAACGAAAUUAUGGGUGUGCUCAGCGCGCCAGAGCCACAAGUACUCACAGACCACCACAAGAAAACAAAACGAAAGCGUAAGAAGAAGCCACACGGUGACUCAAACGGAAAAUUGGUGGAUAUGUACAGUGCCAUCUAUAGCAUGCGUCAGGAGAUGGAUCGCAUGCGAAAGCCGAGUGGCACACAAGACAACCCAGUGCGCACGUGCCGUGAUCUACACUACGCGCAUCCGCAAUUUGAGGAUGGCUGGUAUUGGAUCGAUCCGAAUGCUGGUAUGCCCGAUGAUGCCAUUUACGUUUAUUGCAACAUGAGCGCAGGCGGUGAGACGUGCAUACAAGCGGAUGCACACACCGCUGAAGCACCUUUGGUGCCAUGGCGUCAAGCGGAGGGCAGCCUAGAUUGGUACUCGCGACUCAGUGGUGGCGAGAAGAUCAGCUACGAUGGUGUGGGCACAGUACAACUGACGUUCCUGCGACUGUUAGCCGAGGAGGGUCAUCAAAAUUUCACAUACGCUUGCAGUAACUCAGUUGGCUGGUACGACGCUGUUGCCGGCGAUUAUGCAAAGGCUCUACGGCUGCUCGGUGAAAAUGAAAUGGAAAUCACGCACGAUGGCACGCCCAUACAACCCGAAGUGCUGCGUGAUGAGUGUCAGCAACCGGAUCACCAUGGCGAGACAGUGCUGUUAGUACGCACGAAGCGCCUCAAUUAUCUGCCUUUGGUGGACUUUUAUCCACAGGACUAUGCACGUACGGAUCAAGCAUUCGGUUUCAAGAUGGGGCCGGCAUGCUUCAAGUGAGCUGAGGAGAAGUAAAAAAAUCUAGCGCUAAAAUGCGUAUCAAAAAAGAGAGUGCAAGAGCGAGAGAGAAACGGCGGGAGCGAGGUAGGAGCUCCCUGAAUAUUAAUUUAGUUAAAAUAUACCAACAGAAUUAGAGUUAAGUUCGUCAUAAGCUUAGGAGAUUUCCCCUAAUCGACUGCCAUAAUUGUAAUAGAAAUUUAUAAGCAUUCGAAUUGUUGUUGUAAUUAUAUUUAGUUGUAAUAAGUUUACUACUUUAAGCUGAGAGAGUCUUUUGUUGUUGAAUAAGUUUUUUUAUACAUAAAAUAAAAAAUCAUAAUAGAAACUAAA